UUAUUUUGUUUUGCUCACUUCAUUCCGGUCAGUGACGGAUCGCAGAUCGGAGUUUGUCGUGUUGUGUGUUUGAUUUUCAGCUCUACGUAAUUUUUGGGAAAAUUCGUGAAAAUGAAGGAAAAAAAUCGUCACAUAUCGAUGAAAACUAAAGCCGCAUGGAGGAAAAACAUCAAUAUUUCGGAUGUGGACUCAUUCCUGGAGGAACAACGUCAAGAGGAACGAAUCGGAACCGUUGCGGAUAAAUCGGAUGCCGAGCUCUUUUUGUCCGAGACGAUUCCAUCUACCGAAAAGAGCCUGAAGAAAGCACGCAAGGACAAAUUCUCCGCCAGUCCCAAGUACUGCAUUUCGCUGGAAAACAGCUCCAAAGUUCCGGAUCCCAUCGUAAAGCGAAAUAGGGUGACCAACGAUGCCAAAAUAACAAAGCGAACUUCUCAAGUCUCAAGAUUGGAGCAGAAAAAGUUGAAAUCGUUGGUCGGAAAUCGCAAAUCGCUGCGUGGCGUCAAGAAUAGCUUCAACAAGGACAUCUGGGCAGAAGAAGCCGUUCCUUCGGAACUGAAACACGAAUGGUUCCCGGAACAUGUUGUGCUGCAUCAUAUGAAAAACACCGGAAAGCCUCUGGUUAAGGUUGCAGAGUCGACGCACGCUAAGCCUAAUGCAGUUCAAAAUGUUGAAAUACCGGCCAGUGGCGCUAGUUACAAUCCUUCGAUCGACGAUUACAACGAGCUGAAGCAGACAGUGAUAGAAAAGGAGCGGAAGAAAAUCAAGCACAGUGAACAUCUGGAUCGGGUUGUGACUAAAAAGUUCAUCAAAAUGUCCAAGGAAGAAAGGGAAGCAAUGGUCCUCAAGGAAAUGUCCGAGGGUUUAUUCGAGAAUGCAGAUAAAACUACCGCCGCCCCAGACGAAGAAGACAGUGAAAACGAGUACUCUGCGGUCAACCAGCCGGUUCAGAACAAGAAAAAAAAGCGAAGCGAGAAAAAUCGACAAUUCCGGGCAGUUGCAAGGCGGAACCUGGAAGCCAUUACUAAGGUGGAGCUUAAGAAGCUGAAGGACAUUAACAAGGUCAAAGAAUUAAGCACUGAGUUGAACAAAAAGGAGAAAGGUAUAGCAAAGAAGCGGGAAAACCGUGCCAAACGCAUGGAAGAGAAGCUGCAAAAACCCGGUCGGGUGGCGUACCUUCAGUACGAGGAACCGGAGGAUGACUUCCUGGAACCUACUGAGCUGGCAGAUAGCCUGCGGACACUCGCGCCAGCCAAGAGUUUAGUGGCGGAUAGGUUUAAAAGCUUCCAGAAACGUACCUUGAUUGCGCCCAAGAAACAUCGCGAUGGCAUUCCGCGUACGAAUCGGUCGACGCUCAAGAAGUGGAAACGUUACACGCUGAGUACCCACAAGGAGGCGCCAUAAUGGCUGGGGUAUUUAUUGCUCUGAUAGUUUAAAGAAUGUGGAAUAAAGUACCCAAACACUUUGGAA